CCUCAGCCCAGUAGCUUCAGUCGCAGCUGGCAUGGCGGUGGCGCCGAGUGCACCCAUCCUCCUCUUCCUCCUGCUGGCGCUGCUCGUGGCCGCCGACGCCGCUGAAGCCGCCGCCGACGACGACCUCGACCACGAGCACUAUGACGAGGACGACUACGACGACGAUGCAGACUACCCCGUGGAUCUACCUCCUGCUGUUCCUGACACAACAACCGUAACUUCUGUUGCUCCGACUGAGGGAGGAACUAGCCCAAUUAUUGCAACGUCAGAGAAUCCCACUGUUAUCUUCCAAGCUACAACCACAGAGGGCAACUUAACCGACGAAGAUGAAAAAGCUCUGCACAGUUUGGUGGUGGACGGCAGCGAGAAGGAGGAGCACGAGGGCAGCAAGCGGGCCGGCUCGACCCAGGCCAAGGGGGCGGCCACCAUCACCAGAGCCAUGCACAACAAACCAGCCAAAGGCAUCAAGGACAAGGGUGCGCAUUCCAGGUCCAACAACAAACACGGCGUUGAUUCGGACGAGGCAACAAACACAAUUUGGGGCUAUACUCCGACCACUCCCAUCGACCAUGAGGACGAAGACGAAGACGAGGACGAGGAGGAGCAGCAGGCCAAGAAGGUUCUGACGCCGUUUGAGCUGGUCACGCGCCGACCUAUCGUACCGACUCAACAUCUCGGGCGUGAGAAGGAGGAAAAGAGCCGACUUCCAACCGACUUGCAGAUGCGCCUCCGCAAGCUUGAUUUUUACUUCACGCAGUUGGCAGUAAUGUCCGAGGACUGCAGACGCCGACUCCUCUGCCAGCUGGCUGACCAGCCAAACGAGUUCCAGCCUCUGAGCUUCAUUCUCCUCGAGGAAACCAGUUUCAGAGGUGAUUAUGGCGGCGUGCGCGCGAGUUUGAUGAGUUCGACUAAUGGAGCGAGGCUGCUUACGUACAUGGAGGCCACUGCCAGUGGGCAAGACAGAUCGCGCGGAUGCAGUGGAUUCGCGUACCGUUGUCCAACGAAAGCGCACGACAUGAUUGACAUGGAGGCCCUUGGCUUGUGGCGCGACAUGUUGCGCUGGAUGAGCGUCCAGGUGGUGGCCCUGCGCUCGACGGCCGCAUCAACCUGACGGCAGCAGCCGCCGAGGCCCGCGCCAGCAGCCUCGGCAAUCAACGAUCUCCUCUCCAACCACAUCCAACAAGUUAUCUUCAAACAACGAAAGUAAUCCGAAAAUUCAACGUCUCCGUUUCUUUUUAUUGGCCAUUAAUGGCGGAAAUCAAAUUUAUUUUUAUUUUACCCUCUCCAAGAUGAUUGCAGGAGCCGCAAUCAGAGAUAUCAUCUUAAUAAACUAAUUUUACUAGUGUUAAAAUAAAUUUCAGAGGCUUCUAUUAUUCUUAAUUAUACUUUCUUCAACAAGUAUAAGUUCCGAUGAAGAAUAUGGAAGGAUUUAUUUUUAUUUCCUUCUUCCGAGGUACGAAAUUUUUUCGAUAGCAGUUAAAUGAAAAGAAACAAAUCAGGACUAUAUAUAUGUAACAGAAAAUAGAAUGGUCUAAUGUAAUAUCAAAUUUUGUGUCCAAGUGUAAUAUAACAUGCUAUUUUAAUUAGUGAGAAUUAAUCUGUGAUGCACCUGCGAACGAUACAUAUCAUUAAAAUGUAUUCUGAGGAUAUGCUCCAAAUACAUAUGUAUGUAUAAAUGUCAAAAAUACUAACGAAACUCUGUAAUAGCAAUGGGCAAUAUCUUCAGCAGUAGUGGCCAGAUUCACACGACGCGCAGGUAUAUGGUGGUAGCCGGGGUGUGAAAAAACGGUGAAUAAGCGAGUCUUCUCAAAUAUUGAGUGUAAAAUUUCGUUACACAAAUUAAUACCGUUGAUUGGAUCGAAAAACAUACUCGCGAUAGUUCAACAAAAAAGCAAAAGAGAGGUUUCAGCUGCCCAUAUUUCGACGCGGCGGGAAACUAUUUUAACGCGAAUCUGACCCAGCUGAUCUUUUGUUUGCUUCUCAUUACUUUUAAGUCUCUUGAGGUGAGAGGGUCUGAUGCUCUUGCGGAUUAAAAGUUUCGUUCGUGACUUUGUUUCCUUGAGAAAAUAAUUUUUGUUAUAAACUGUUUAAUUUAAAAAGUCAUUUUAGGGGAUGUGCAAAAGCAGUUGAUUUUGUAUUUAAGAAAAUACUGAAAGCCGAAAAUUUGGUUUUAGUUAUUUUUAGAUAAAAUCUGGGCAAAUCAUCAAUCAAUCUGUCGAACCGAGUAUAAUUAUUCGGACAAAAUUUGUUUUGUGGCAAAAAACAAUAUCUUUAAAUUCAUAUAAAUUGUUUGUUUUCGCACAUCCCACAUUUAUUCUGAAAUUGUGCUGAAAGCAAUUUUGUAUUUCUAUUUCAAUCACAUUUGUUGACAAUUAAUUUCAUUCCAAAUGGUGUCUCGAUGUAGAUCAAAUUUUCGUUCUGUCAAAUUUUAAUUACGUUAAAAUUGUGUCAUGAUAGGGGAGGGGCCUAAACUGUCUAGUCUAGUCCAUAUAUAAGAGUCCUAUUAGUACGUUAAGCAAGAUACAAUAAUCCAAAAACUAUAGCAAAUUAUGUGAAGAACACCAACUGGCAUAGUAACAAAAUACCUCAAUAAUUAUAUUAACACUAAACAGCAAUAAAAAGGUGCAAAUUAAUUGA